AUGCCUGAAGAACGUUUAGUUCUGAAAAGAUCUGACAAUAAGACUAAGUUAAUAUGUCAUAAACUUUUUGCUCUUUUUUUCCACAGGGUAAUUGAAUGCCAAGGACUUCCUCUUGUAAGUGGACAAAGUGGUGAUCCCUAUGCCUCUGUUUCUCUGGUCGGCCCUUCUAGGCUGGAUCAAAAAAGGACCAAAGUAAAGAAGAAAACCAGCAACCCACAGUUUGAUGAAACGUUCUAUUUUGAAGUAACAAGGAAUAGCAGUUACACUAGGAAAUCUCAUUUUCAAGUUGAAGAGGAAAAUAUUGAAAAACUGGAAAUCAGAGUUGAUCUGUGGAACAAUGAAAACCUAGUGCAAGAUAUUUUCCUUGGUGAGAUUAGAGUUCCUGUGAAAAUUUUAAAGAAUGACAACUGCCAUCGGGCAUGGUACUUACUACAACCGAAGGACAAUGGAAACAAGUCUGCAAAAUCAGAAGACUUGGGCUCACUGAGACUGUCCAUAUCCUACAAUGAAGAUUAUGUGCUCCCCUCCAAGUACUACAGCUCUCUUAAUGACUUGCUGCUAAUGUCAUCAGAUGUUAAGCCUAUAUCUGCCUCAGCAGUUCAUAUCCUGGGUGAGGUGUGUCGUGAGAAGCAAGAAGCAGUAUUGCCACUUGUACGCCUGCUGUUGCAUCACAAGAAGCUGGGUCCUUUCCUUAGUGCCAUAGCUGAGUUGGAUCUUCAGCAGACACAGGAAGCCAACACUAUCUUCAGGGGAAAUACUCUGGCCACACGCUGUAUCGAUGAAACAAUGAAACUCGUUGGAAAGCAUUAUCUGAAAGUGACUCUGAAAUCCAUUUUAGAUGAAAUUUGUGACUCCUGUAAAACCUGUGAGAUUGAUCCUGUUAAGCUAAAGGAAGGCGAUAAUGUUGAGGUGAAUAAGGAGAACCUUCGCCAGUAUGUUGAAAGAGUGUUCAAUGUGAUUGUCAAGUCCAGUAUGAGUUGUCCCACACUAAUGUGUGAGGUGUUUAAUUCACUACAAAACUUGGCGAGGAAGCAGUUUCCAGACGAUCCCCAUGUGAAGUACUCUGCUGUAAGCAGUUUUGUUUUCCUUCGAUUCUUCGCAGUUGCAGUGGUCUCCCCUCACAGUUUCCAUCUUCGACCCCAUCAUCCAGAUGCUCAGACAACUCGAGUCUUGACCUUAAUUUCCAAAACAAUCCAAACCUUGGGAAGCUGGGGCAGUUUAUCCAAAAACAAGCUGUCAAGUUUCAAGGAGUCCUAUAUGUGUGAUUUUUUUAAACUAUUUCAAGAAGAAAAAUGCAUCGAGUCAGUUAAAAAGACAUUUGCCAGCCACAUCAAAUACUUGCUUAUUACUAAUGACUUUUCAAAUUCAGCCAUGCAAUUCAUAUCGCUUGCUGAUCUUGGUAAAGAGUCCCUCUACAGUAUCCUGAUAAAGAACAUUAUUGCAGUUGAGAAACUUGAAGAAAGAUGCUUCAACAGAAAAAAUAUGUUCCAAGUCCUCAGUAUUGAAAGACCUGAAAGACCACUUUAUGUUCAAGCCGGCAACUGUGUGGAGGCCAAUGAAUGGAUUGAGAUAAUCACCAGGGUGAGCCGUAGCAAUCCCGAGAGGCUGCAUGUUUACCAUCCUUGUGCUUUUAUAUCUGGAAGCUGGAUCUGUUGCAAAAAUACAGAUGAGAAAGCUGCUGGUUGCACAAGCUGUACUGGGGGUUCUCCAGCAAAUAUCCAGUUAGCUAUUGACUGUGACCGGGAAGCUGAAAGGAUAUUUUCACUGUUUCGUGCCAACCUGCCCAGGCUACAGAAAAUGGAAGAUGCUUGUGGGAGUAUAGAUGUGUAUCAAGGUCCUCAACUGGAACAAGAUGAAUACGCCCACUUUACUAUUGAAGAUUCAAGAGUCACCUUUAAAACUCUUCAACAAAUAAUCACGGUCGUGAAUACUUUGGCUACAUUUCACGAACAGUAUCGAAUUAAAAGGUCAACAAGUGCGAUAUAUGGCAGCGAAGAAAAUCCUAUAGGAGCAAAAUAAUCCCAACUGAAGAUGGAACAUUGUAACUGCUGAAGCUAUACAGGAAAUGCCUCUGGAAAUUACUUAUUCUUUUUGUCAUUCCUAUAUUGGUGUAAGUAUUGGAGAGGCUGGUCUUCGGUAGACAUACAGAAUGUUUUACUGAUGACUAACAUUUAUGUGAAAUCCACAAAAGAGUUCAAUGCACUUUAAUCAUCUGAACUUUCCCAGGUGAUCUUAAUUUAUACAUUUUUUAAAAACUGAUAUUAGUAUCAAUUUAAUCAGAUCAGUUGAAUGAUCCGUUUGGUUAUAACGUGGUUAUUCAUUGUGUCCGUUCUGUGUGUUUCAUUUAAUUUUUGCUGUGUGACACAUCUGAGGAGCUGCCUGAAUUUUCUUAAUUCGCAUGUUUUUAUGCAGUUUAAUUUUUGUUUUAUCUUUUAGUGAAAAAUGAACCAAGUGGAAGCUGUUAAAUAUUCAUUCUAAUACCCCAAGAGUCUGUCAUUUCUGCUGAUCGCCAGAAUUAUCCAGAUUAUAUUCCAUCGUAAUUGUAAUGCCCUUUUAAGUUUUCAUUACAUGGUUUUUUUCAGUGCUCCUCCUGUAGGCUGUGAGCAGGUUGAGCCUUGUUAUUUCCUGCAUAUGCUGCUAUUCAGAGUUGAAUAUCACGCCAUAUCAUUGCUAUCAUCUCAGAAGAUUGUAGCUUUAAUGAUUACUUGAAUAUUUUUGACCGUAGCAUCAAGAACAUAAUAAUAUUUUCUAGAUGUUAAUAGCCUGGAUGAUAUGCAAAACAAAGCUUAUAGUAUUUCAUCUGAAAAAUUGGAUUUUAAUUGUAAAGAUAACUUCAUAUUUCCAGGUGCAUCAAUAAACAAGGGUACUAAUGGAAGAAUGCAGGUUUAUGGUGGGAUAUUUUUAUUUCAGUCAUCAUAAUAGUUGGUAAAUUAUAAAAUAAGCAUACACGAAAGAUACACUUUUUUGUGUCCACUAACAUCCAGCAAUUUGUGUGUCAUGUAAAUUUCCCAAAGGCCAUGAUCGAUGCUGGUGUGUAGGUGUACAACUCUCCAGCACUGUUCAUCCAAAUGAACAUUCUUGUAUUGCAACCCUUAUAAUUUUAACUGUUGUUUUAAUGUAACCUGCCUAUUUCCCUGAAGAGUUUCAAAAUUUAGGUUAUAUGCAGUGAGGCCCAAAAGUUUUAAGUCCCCUUCCAACAGAAUUGAAAUAAUAAAAAGUCCCUGUUUCCUUGUUAUGCACAGGUAUGUUGACUGUUUUUACCUCCCCUUCCCCCUUUGUGAUUAAAAACUUUUUGAUACUGUUCAGUACUUGCUGGUUUCCCAAUAAAAUUCACAUUGCUAUUUUAUCAUUCGCUUAAAAAACACCUGUUGGUUGACAGUUGAUUCAGUCUUUUCAUUUGGUUGGGGACAUUCUCACAGUAAAAUCCAAACUCAUAACUUUCUUGUGCAUAAUUCCUGUAUGUUGGCAGGAUAGAUCUUCAAGGUAGACACACAGCUAAGCCCAAUGUCACCUCCUGACAUAUGGAACGAGAAUAAUUGAUUUUGUUUAGAGGCAUUUUUCUUUCAUCUCCCAGUUACACUCUAUAGCUUCUUCCUUACAGUAGAGACUAGUUGGUGUUCCAACCAGCUAGCGUCAGUCAACUCAAUGACAUUAAAGUUCACACCUGUCUAGAUUGUAGCAGAUAUGUGGGAGCACCAUCACUUGCAAAUUCCCCUCCAAGGCACUCCCAUCUUGAUUUGGAAAUAUAUCACUAUUCCUUCACUGUCGCUGGGUCAAAAUCUUGGAAUUCCCUCCCUAAUGGUAUCAUGAGUCAACCCACAGCAGGUGGACUGCAGUGGUUCAGAAGGCAGCUAACCACCACCUUCUCAAGGGCAACUAGGGAUGGGCGAUAAGUGCUGGCCCAGAUCCCACUUUUUUUUUUAAUUUGGUAUUUUCACUGUGCAUUUCGAUGACUCCCACAGCAUUUAAAUUUAAAUCUACCUGUUAGGUACUUAAAAUAUUGGGAAACUGUUAGCAAAGAAAUUGUGAUUACUGUUUGCCAUUUGGUAUGGAUAGUGGCAAUAAGAUGUUUUAUUGUUUGAGCAGAACAGUUUGACAAACAUGAAUUUUUGAAGUGACUGAUCUGAACAUUUGGUCUUGCCUGUCUUGAAUAAUUGAAGAAUACAUUAUAGAUUGUUUAAUUAAGAAAAGUGACAAAUAAACACUCCCCAAAGAACGCAA